AUGGAACUGGCCUCCGGCAACCCCGUGCCUGAUGCAGCAUCAGGCGGCGCAGCUCAAAGACUCACACGCGCGGAAGACUGGAUACCGUCCUUGGGCGACGUGGAUCUACAAGAUGAAAACGGAGAUCCGACCAGUAAGGUCCUCAUUCUCAUCACUGGCGGUCAGACCGCCGAACUCCAAAGAACCGGCAUCGACCGGGGUUGGAAGUCUGUGGUGCGCCAACUGUACCCGUAUGUCCAGAAGGAGGACAGACCUUGGAUCGGCACGAAUGCCCUCAAGUUCGCGACUAUGGGGGAGAUCUAUAGACUGUCCGACCAUGAAAGGACGAGACCUUUCGAGACCCUGAACUUUCGCCCACCACUUGAACCGAUCGAGGACCUCGACGAGGGAUAUUCAGACUACCUCAAGGCCAACCAUUCCGACUAUUACAAGGCCAACACACAUAGAAUCCCCCAGAAGCACGCUCCGGUAGCCUCGCCUGCGAUUGAAGCAGCAGAAGCAUCCGAGGAGAGUCACUUCGCAGGAAGGAAGGACAUCAAAGGGUACUUCGAUGCAUGCGGUUACGAUCACAAAGCCCUCGACAAAGAUGGUUAUCCCUUCGAAGUACGAGUUCCUGACGAACUGAGCUCAUCCAUGGCAGAGCGCACCUACCGCAACGAAGAUCAGGUGACCAAGGUCAAUGAUUUGCUCGACCCGAGGCUCCAUCUUCAAGUCAUUGACCACGACAAUGCAACUUUCCUUGCUCUGCGUGGUCGGGUGGUUAUCCUCAGCGACUACAUUCGAGGUCAGCAAGACAAGACUAGAUUGAAGACUGCCGCGCAAGAUAUGGAACACUUUGCGUUGAAGAGUCGAAGUCAGGCAGAAGAAAGGCAAGAUGAGAUGGUGGCGUCGGUUCGUCGAGGAACCAAGGAAGCACAGCUGACGAUGCUCCGCUCAACAGUCUAG